AUGGUCCGCCACAAGAAGGACUUCAACAGCAAAGGCAAGCGCCUUCACCACGGCCCGCCAAGAGGCAGCAGGCCACCCCCACGUCGCCAAGACAACGACGGCGACGAUGCCGACGACAACAACGACAACAGCGGCAGCCGUAGCAACCGCUCACCACCAGCAUUCAAGGCCGCGUGCUGGGACCUGGGCCACUGCGACCCGCGGCGAUGCUCUGGCAAGAAGCUCAUGAAGCUCGGCAUGAUGCGGCCGCUGGCGCUGGGCCAGCGCCACCAGGGCGUCAUCGUCACGCCAAACGGCAAGACGGUCGUGUCGCCGGCGGACCGCGAGACGCUUGAGCAGCAUGGCGCCGCCGUCGUAGAGUGCUCGUGGGCCCGCACCAAGGAGGUGCAGUGGUCGCGCGUCGGCGGCCGCUGCGAGCGCCUGCUGCCGUACCUCGUCGCCGCCAACACGGUCAACUACGGCAAGCCCUGGCGUCUCAACUGCGUCGAGGCCCUGGCCGCCGCCUUUGCCAUCUGCGGCCGCCUCGAGUGGGCCGCCCAGGUCCUGGAGCCCUUCUCCUACGGUGCUGCGUUUUUGGAGAUCAACGCCGCGCUGCUCAAGAGAUAUGCCGCGUGUGCCGACGCGGACGAGGUCAAAAAGACCGAGGAGGAGUGGAUGGAGAGGCUGGAGAGGGAGUAUGCCGAGAGUCGGGAGUCUGAUGGGAAGGAUUUGUGGAAGGGUGGAAACAUGAAUCGGCGGCCGAUUAUGGAAUCCGAUGACGACGAGGAUGAUGACGGGGAGGGAUCUGGGGAGGAUGGUGAAGGCAGUGAUGGGAGCGUGGAUGGCAUAUAUCUCGGCAAGAAACCUCCUGGAAAACAGACAGAGGCCGACGAUGACGACGAUCAGCAACAGUCCAAAGAUCCUUUCGACAUAUCCGACGAUUCAGAUGACGACGCGGCUAUGGAGGAAAUCCGCAGAAAAGUGUUGGCGUCGAGACCGUUUGCAGAAUCUUCGGCGGCGACGAAGACAGGAAUCGAAGUCGACGACAACAAGCCCGCUCCAGCCUCGAUCCCUCGCCCACAGCCAACAACAAGUAAUAACAACCAGUUCAAGCCCGACCUGGAAAUAGAACCGGAUUCUGACAAUGGUUCGGACGAUGACGAAUUCGACGGCAUUAUGUCCGCCACUCCCGUAACUGAUCGUGUGGGACUGGCAAAGUUGGAAAAGGAGAGAGCGAGGGCAGCAAUAACAACGCGCACAUUUACAUCCUCCUCGAUAUCGGCCCCGCGUAGGGGAUGA